AUGCAGGCGGCGGCGGUGAAUGGCGCGGGCGACGUGCAGAAGCCUCACCAACAGCAGCAGCCGGUGGUGGUGGGGGCGCCGCCUCCGCCGGCGGCGGCCGUGGUGCCGCCCCAUUGGGUAGCCAUGCCGUUCGCGCCGCCUCCCGGGGCCGCGGCCAUGGUGAUGCAGCCGCACCAGAUGGCGCCACCGCCGCCCCAGUUCGCGGCGGCCCACUUCCUGCCGUUCCACGCCGUCGCGCCGCCGCCGCCGCGGGCGGCGCCCGUGCCAGUGGUCACCCUGGGCUCCCCCGCGCCGCAUCAGGCCGGGCACGAGGAGAACAAGACCGUCUGGGUCGGCGACCUCCAUUACUGGAUGGACGAGAACUACCUCCACAGCUGCUUCGGCUACACCGGCGAGGUUGUGGCGAUUAAAGUGAUUCGCAAUAAGCAGACUGGACAGUCUGAAGGAUACGGAUUUGUUGAGUUUUACAGCCAUGCUGCAGCUGAAAAAGUUCUCGAAGGUUUUUCUGGUCAUAUUAUGCCAAAUACCGACCAGCCUUUUAGGUUAAAUUGGGCAUCGUUUAGCAUGGGAGAUAGGCGCUCAGAUGUUGCUUCAGAUCAUUCCAUAUUUGUAGGCGAUCUUGCUUCUGAUGUCAACGAUGCCACACUACUGGAGGCUUUCUCCAGCAGGUACUCCUCUGUCAAAGGUGCCAAAGUUGUAAUUGAUGCUAACACUGGUAGAUCCAAGGGCUAUGGCUUCGUGAGAUUUGGAGAUGACAGUGAGAAGACACACGCCAUGACUGAGAUGAAUGGUGUGUUUUGCUCUUCUAGGCCCAUGAGAAUUGGCCCAGCAACUCCAAGAAAAUCAUCAGGUACUUCUGGAUCGAAUGGUUCAUCUGCUCGAUCAGACGGAGGAGAUUUGACAAACACAACCGUAUUUGUGGGUGGGCUUGACCCAAAUGUUAGUGAAGAGGACCUUAGGCAAACCUUCUCCCAGUAUGGAGAAAUUUCUUCAGUAAAGAUUCCAGUUGGGAAACAAUGUGGCUUCGUGCAGUUUGCCCAGAGAAAGAAUGCUGAAGACGCAUUGCAAGGAUUAAAUGGCAGUACUAUUGGCAAACAGACCGUGCGUCUUUCAUGGGGUCGCAACCCAGCAAACAAGCAGUUUAGAGGGGACAACGGCAACCAGUGGAACAACGGGGGCAUGUACUACGCGGCGUCCCCGUUCUACAACGGCUACGGUUACCCUGCGGCCCCGUUCCCUGAUCCAGGCAUGUACGCUGCUCCAGCCUACGGUGCCUACCCGUUCUAUGGCAACCAGCAGCAAGUGAGCUGA